ACAGGCCUACGUAUCUUGUGUCUUCUGUGUUUUUGCGGGACUUUUGUAGGCAGUUCAAUUAGUUCCAUUUGAAAAAGCCUUUGCUCUCGUGGAAGUGCACAGAUCUGGACGUUCAGUAUGUUAGAUCAGUUUUGCAAGGAGAUGAACGAACGCUUAGAUCUACUGAGGGACAGCGCAGAACUCCUGAACUUGAACUACAGUGAUAAAGGUAUGGUGAAGCUCGCGACAGAAAAAGCGGCUGCUGUCCUUGCUUUGGCAGAAAAAACUCGCGAUCAAAUGCAACAGCUGGAAGUGCUGAAGAGCAAAGAACAAGAAUUAACCGAGCGGUCGCUAGCACUUUUCCAACUUGCAGCAAGUUUAAGUUUCAACAUGAUUGUCAACAUGCCUCCGGCGCCUGCACCUGUUGCACUGCCACCACCAUCACUUCCACAACCACAGAAGGCACCAGAAGCUGUGAUUCGGCGAAAUGGCACUGCAGUCAGCUACAUCGCCGGCAUCACGACGGAGGAGUUCGACGCUAUCCCGAAGUACAUGAGAGGAUCGAGCAAAAUGACCAAGAGCGCCAUCGACAAGUUCAUUGCGGAUUUCAACAAGGCGGUCGCCGCGAAAUACAGCUUGCUGACUAUGCCCAAAAACGAAAUGAAGCCAUGUGACAAAACCAAAUGCCAGGAAUAUCGUCGCCAAGAGACUCCGGAGACGAAAGGAAAGACGUUCGUUACAGAGCAGGACAUGCUGGGACCACCGAUGGGGAAGAAGCUCCAGGACUUCUCAGUCGUGUUGCGACAUUUGGGCCGAACUCGUGAGGUACGCGGCAAAGGACUGGUUAGGUAUGUGGUGGUUUGAGAGCAUGAUGCUCGAUCACUUGGAUUUUUUUUUUUAUUGGUAAGAAUGUUUUUAAUAAAGCAAUUACAAUCUUGUG